AUGUCUGACCCACACUCUACCAAUCCAAGCGCUACUCCACGUAAGAAACAAGAUGAGGACAUAUCAAGAGCGGAUCCAAGAAAUGAUGGAGAUAUUGGUGCAGAAGAGAAACAAGUUGCGGGGGAAAUGAGCCAGCUCCCUGAUCUUCAGCGAAGGCUCAAAAGCCGCCAUUUAGCUAUGAUAGCAAUUGGCGGCACUAUAGGCACCGGUCUAUUCAUAGGAAGUGGAACCGCAAUUGCUGAUGCAGGGCCCGUUGGUGCUCUUAUCGCUUACAUAUUCGUUGGGUCGAUCGUAUACUCCGUGAUGGUGUCGCUUGGAGAGAUUGCAACUUUCUUGCCUAUUGCAGGAGCAUUUACUUCAUAUGCAACACGCUUCGUCGAUCCCAGCCUUGGCUUUGCCAUGGGUUGGAUCUACUGGUUCUCAUGGGCAUCAACAUUUGCACUCGAAUUGACCGCCACCGGAUUGAUAAUUGAAUUUUGGGAGGAGUCGAUUCCAAUUGCGAUAUUCAUUGGGGUCUUCUGGGUGAUCAUCAUUCUGCUGAAUAUGAUGCCUGUUAGUUACUAUGGAGAGACAGAGUUUUGGCUGGCGAGUGUUAAGGUCAUCACAGUCAUUGGAUUCAUGAUCUUCGCGAUUUGCAUGAACACCGGUGUUGGUCAGGAGGGUUAUAUUGGAUUUCGCUACUGGGUAAACCCAGGGCCAUUCAAUGCCUACCUACUCACAAAUCCCAGCCAAGAUAACCUGGCAAAGUUCCUAGGAUUCUGGGCCGUUCUCAUCAAGGCUGGGUUUGCGUACCAAGGCACGGAGCUUGUGGGAAUCGCAGCAGGAGAGACUGAAAACCCGCGGAAAACAAUCCCAUCCGCCAUCCGAAAAUCAUUCUAUCGAAUCAUCUUCUUCUUCAUUUUCACUAUCUUUUUCAUCGGCAUCGCCGUGCCAUCAACAGAUGACCGUCUUACUGGAAGUGAGGGCAACGAUGCAAGCGCAAGCAAUGGUAACUCAUCGCCCUUCGUUAUUGCUGCCCGUCGAGCCGGUGUGACCGUUUUGCCUUCAAUAAUCAACGCUGUUCUGCUGACGGUGGUCCUAUCUGCGGCCAACUCGAACGUUUACAGCGGAAGCAGAAUUCUGGUUGGCCUCGCUUCUGAGGGAUUUGCUCCUCGGUUCUUCAUCAAAACCACGAAAUGGGGUGUUCCCUAUUUUAGUGUAGCCUUCACAGCCCUGUUCGGUCUAUUGGGAUUCCUCAAUGUCUCGACUGCCGGAAGCACUGUGUUUAACUGGUUAAUGCAAAUUGCUGGCCUCGCAGGCUUCCUGACUUGGACCUCUUUGAUAAUUUGCCAUCUAGGGUUCAUGAACGCCCUUCAGGCUCGUGGCAUCUUCCGAGACUCUCUGCCUUAUAAAGCACCCUGGCAGCCGUAUCUUUCGUGGUAUGGAGUUUCCUUCAACGUCCUGAUCAUCCUCACUCAAGGCUUCACUUCCUUCGUGCCAAGCUUUAGCGUCACGGAUUUUUUUAUCGACUAUUUGAGUCUGAUGCUCUUUGCGUUGCUAUACUUUGGACACAAGAUUAUUGUACGACCGAGCUUUGUGCGGCCGAUCGAGGCGGAUAUUGAUACUGGAAGACUCGAGUUUGAUUAA